AUGGAUUUGCAUGCCGAUAAUACUACUUCAACUACCGACAUGACUUGCAGUUCAUACUUAGCAGGAGUUAAAAUUAAUUUAUAUUUUCAUUCGCUUACAGUCGCGUAUGCCAUGGCAAUCAGCUUGUUGACUAUACUAUUUAACUCAGUAUAUAUAACAUCUGUGAUUAGGUUCACACGUAAUUACUACCCCAGUGACAUUAUGUACAUUCUGCUGUCCGUUAGUGAUUUGUUAUCUGGUCUUGUAUACACCCCAACAUGGUCCAUAGCAUGGAUUAUUGCCAUACACCAAUCACGAAAAAACUGCUUUUUUUCAAAGGUUCUUAAUGCAAUUGGACAUAUUUUGGCUGAAAUGUCAUUUUUUGCGAUUGUUGGCAUUACCUUUGAUCUCCAUCUAUUUAUCAUUCAUCCAUUUUUUUACGACAAGUAUAUUACAAACAGACGGACUUUUCUUUUCGUAAUUGGAAUUUGGAUGAUGACAAUAGUUUUGAUUAUUACCUGCAGCGUGACAUCAAUAAGAUACUGGCGACUAUACGAAACUGCGGCAGGAGUUUUUGCAGUUAUCUUGUGUCUCAUAAUUUCGUUUCUGCACAUAAAGAUCUAUUUAGAAAUCAGAAGGAUGUGCAAGAAAAUAACAAGCGCGACACAAAUUGACAUUUUAAAUGCGAAGAAAAAAUCUGCUAAAACUGGAGUGAAAAUCCUGGUGACGUUUAUUUUAUGCUUCCUGCCAAUCAGCUGUUGCGUAGUGUAUCGUAAUAUUAUUAAAAGGACAACGUUUGUGGCAACAUACGCAGACCAAAUGGCACACUGUAUUUAUUUAUUAAAUCCAUUGUUGGAUCCCUUUGUGUACUAUUUUAGACUCUCAAGAAUUCGGUCAAACAUAAGUCGAAUCUUUAAUAAAAAAAUUGGGAACAAAUAA